AGCUGUGCCGGCCAGGGCUCCUUUCCUUGGCAGCCGUUUCCUGCUCCUUCCACCUGCUUGGGGGAAGGGCACCUGGAGGGCGGGGCCCAGGUGAGCUCGUCUGAGCGCACCGAGACUUGCCGCGGCCGCCCCACCUUGAAACUCGCUCCCUGCGUGAAAAGAGGCUCAAAAAGGGAAGCGAGGAGAAGGAGAAAGAGCCAAACGGAACUUGGAGGAGCCGCGUUCAGGGACCGGCUGCGGAGGGGGGAGAGCCGCCAAGGAUCCCGGCUCCAUUUCUGUUGCUGCCCAAACUGCUCGGGGGAUCUCUCGUGCCGGGAGGGGCCGCGCCGGCCAUGCGGGGCUAAAGGAUUCGCUGGGCCCUCCAGAAACCAGGAAGCGGCUUUUGUAGCAGUAGCCGCGGGGGGGAAAAUAAAUCCUCCAGAACUUUUCCCCUCUCUCUUUCCACCCCCUCCCCAAAGGGGAGGCAGACGCAGAGAUGAAGGAUUACCAACUUCCUCACUACGGGAACAUGAGCUACUACAAGCCCCCCGCGGGGGCGCAGGCGAUGGCGAUGGCGUCGGGCCUGAAAUAUAGCAGCAACAAAGAGGACAUGAAUGGUCUGGAGGAAGGAGUGGAGUUCCUCCCCACAAUGAACCCCAAGGUGGUGGAGAAGCCCAACCCAAAGCUCUACAUGGUGGUGGCUGCUGUCCUUACGGCCUUCCUGCUCGUUUCCUUACUGGUGGGAUUCCUUGUUUGGCACUUCACAUACAGGAAUGCUCCCGUGCAGAAGCUAUAUAACGGCCACCUGAGAUUCACUGGCUCUCGCUUCAUAGACGCGUACGAGAACUCUAACUCCUCGGAAUUUGCUACCCUGGCCGCCAAAGUAAAGGAAAUGGUUUUGGAUAUUUAUAAAAAUAAUCCAGAUGUCGGCCCAUUCCACAAGGAGACAGUGAUCACCUCGUUCAGUGAGGGCAGUAUUAUUGCUUACUACUGGUCAGAGUUCAGUGUACCCAAACUCCAAGUGGAUGCCCUUGAUAAGGCCAUGGCAAACAUCCAAUCUUCGAAUCAAGCCGUGACCCUGAAGUCAAGAAAUCUUGAGUUGAAAGUCGAUACCAUCGUGGCUUUCUCUACCAAUCCUGAUACAAUUAAGGCUUCACAAGACAGUAGCUGCAAGUAUGCCCUGCAUGCAAAAGAAGGAUUGAUCACUGGCUUCGCCUCGCCAGGAUUUCCCAACAGCCCGUAUCCCUCCAAUGCUCGAUGCCAGUGGGAGCUGAGAGCAGACGUAGGCUCGGUCAUCAGCCUGACCUUCACAACGUUGGACAUGGAACCGUGCAACCCGGGGAACGACUUGGUCACAGUGUAUGACUCACUCAGUGCCCUGGAACCCCACGCGAUGGUCAAGCUGUGUGGCAGCUACAGUCUAUCCUACAACCUGACCUUCGUCUCCUCGCAAAACGUGAUGUUGGUCAUGCUGAUCACGAACAGUGAGGGGCGAAACCCCGGCUUCAAGGCAGAGUUCUUCCAGAUGCCAAAGAUGACAACCUGUGGUGGGACCUUGAGAGGGAUAUCUGGAAAUUUCAGCACUCCCUAUUUCCCAGGUCAUUAUCCCCCUAGGAUGAAUUGCACCUGGAACAUCGAGGUACCCCCUAGCAGGAAUGUGAAGGUGCGUUUCCACCAUUUCUUCAUUUCAGAGCCUGGAGUCUCAGUUGGUUCCUGCACCAAAGACUAUAUGCAAGUCUACGGUUACAAGGUCUGUGGGUUAAAAAAGAUAUUUGUGGUAUCAAGUAAAACCAACAAGAUUACGGUCCAUUUCCACUCCGACCUUUCGUUUGUAGACAACGGCUUCUCUGCAGAGUACCUGGCCUAUGAUUCCGGUGACCCUUGCCCAGGACAGUUCACCUGCCAGACUGGCCGUUGUAUUGAGCACAAGAAACGCUGCGACGGCUGGAACGAUUGCUCAGAUGGCAGCGACGAAGAGAACUGCACCUGCACCGAGAAGCAGUUCCGAUGCAAUAAUGGCUGGUGCAAGCCGAAAUACUGGGUCUGUGACGGCGUGAAUGACUGCGGGGACAACAGCGACGAACAGCAGUGCCAGUGCCCGGCUAAUAACUUCAAAUGCAACAACGGCAAAUGCAUUUUGGAGUCCCAGAAAUGCAACGGCAAAGAUGAGUGCGGGGACGGCAGUGACGAAGGGGAAUGCAGCACAGUCGUCACCGUCCCCUGCAGAGAAUACACUUACAAAUGCCGGAAUAAUCUGUGUGUGAGCAAGAAGAACCCCGAAUGCGAUGGAGUGAAGGACUGUGCUGAUAACUCAGAUGAAGACAACUGCAACUGUGGCACACGCAGCUUCUCAAAGAAAUCCCGGAUCGUUGGUGGCCUCGAUGCUGAGACAGGCGAGUGGCCGUGGCAGGUCAGCUUGCAUGUGGGAAACGAGGGUCACACCUGCGGAGCCUCUGUGAUAUCUCAGAAAUGGCUGGUGUCAGCGGCACACUGCUUCCGUGAUGCAAACUUUCACAGAUAUUCCGAUCCCAAAUCGUGGACAGCAUUCUUGGGCCUUCUCGACCAGCGGAACAGAAGCAAUGCCAGCGUUCAACGCCGGGGGAUCAAACGCAUCAUCGCUCACCCAAGCUUCAACGACUUUACAUAUGAUUAUGACAUCGCCGUACUGGAACUGGAUAGCCCAGUCACCUUCACCAAAGAGAUCCAGCCCAUAUGUCUGCCUGAUGCCUCGCAUGAAUUCCCGGCUGGUAGGGUCCUCCAUGUGACUGGAUGGGGAGCCACAAAAGAGGAAGGUGCUGCCACCAUCAUAUUGCAGAAGGCGGAAAUCCGGGUCAUCAACCAGACCACGUGUGAGUCGCUGAUGCCCGGGCAGCUGACGUCACGUAUGAUGUGUGUUGGGAUCCUGGAGGGAGGAACCGAUGCCUGCCAGGGAGACUCUGGCGGGCCACUUACCAGCAUCGAGUCCAAGAUGUUUCUGGCCGGUGUGGUGAGCUGGGGGGAUGGGUGUGCCCGGCGGAACAAGCCUGGAGCCUACACCCGAGUCCCUCGCUUUCGGGAAUGGAUCCGAGAGAAGACAGCCGUGUAGGCAAUGAUAGCAAUGGGGCUAUUCCCACGCAUCUUGGUUUCCUGUAUUUGGGUCUGUCAAGCUGGUGACUAUAGACAUUCCCAUGUGAUGUGAAGAGAACUCUGCGGAUCUUGUUUGCACCCUCCUUGACCUAUUUUUGGGGAGGAAGAAAUGAUGAGUCCAGAUUUAUCCCUCAGAUGGCUGAGACACCAGUUUGAGGACCCUUCCCCACUCUUGACUGUGCUUUCCACACCUUUGGUCUCCAAGGACUGUUUGGGUCAAUCUUGUUUCCUGCUGGGUUUGAAUCUACAGGGGUGGGGCUGGCACUCCACAAGGCAAUCCCACCUCUGCCCAGGUCAUAAAAAGCCAGACUGGGGUGGGGUGGGGAGGGGAGGGCGGUUUUCUGCUUUCAAGAGGGGACUGCAAUGCUCAGUCAGAGUGUGACGGAAGAGGUGGCACUCGUCUAGUGAAAACCAACUCGUAUGUGUUUCUGGGGACAGAAUGGAAUGUUAAUGCUCCUGUGGUUUUCUGACUCACCUUGUAUAGCCAGCACCUGCAACCUGUUCUGUUUUAUUUCCUCUCCACACCCAGAGAGGUCCACCCUGUGAAUAUGAUUGUUAUCUAUGUUGUAUUCCCCCACCCCCAAGAAUUGCUGGUCAAAUGGAAGGGACUGUCCUUGUGCUGUUUGCUUUUCCCAACCUGCAAGUGUCCAGGUGUGGAAUAUUACAAGGAAAUGGUCCGUCUUUUUUCCUCUGUCGAAUGAGCCUUUUGCUCACUCUGUUUCCCAAGGAUGAAUAGAUGGAUACAUCUAGUUUUGCUAAAACAGUCUUUCAAGUAGGACGAAUUCUCAUUAUGUGGUGUUGUUUUAUCUCUGCAGAUAAACCACACUGCAGUCAACAGGGAUUUUAGAAUCUUGGUUGGUACCUUAUCACCCACUUCCAGUUUUUAACAUUCUGUCCAGAAAUUUUUUUUCAACCUAGAUGUUCCUUCCCCAUAAACCCCCCUUUAAAGAGAAUCUUUAGCAUCCACCAUUAAAUUCUGUCGGCCUUGGAUUUAGUUCCCUUCCAUUCCUGACUUGCAUAUGCUAAACCGCAGGGAUCAAUAAGCUGCACAGUUGGUGCCUUCCUUCUCUUGUGCUGGCAGUUUUCAAAAUUUCUAGUCAAGAUCACUGUGGCUUUAAGGGAAAAUUAAGGCCAUGCUGCAGACCCUGUGGGGUUUUCAACUUGGUAAACUUCCAAGGAAGCCUUUGUGACCUUUACCUGUUUAGAACCAAAGAUGUGACUGUGGUGAUCCUGUCAUGUAAGUCCCAUUGAAAUUUCCAAAAAUUUUGCAUAUCUAGCUACCUGCGCUAUUGUCCCUCGUGAAGAUGGAGAAUUGUUCUUAAAAUCUCUGUCAUACAGAAUUGCUGGAGGUGCUCUCUUUUGAGCAUUAGGUCCAAGUGGCUUUCGCUGAUGUUGUAGGGGUGCUGUUGUGACUGAAAACAUAUCUUAGUUAUAAGGGUUUGGUUGCCCUUUGCAAAGCUGUGAUCUUAUACCUAAGGCUGGAAUCUUUCAGUUCUGUCAGUCUCUUGAGCAAAGAGGUUAUUCAAACAACCCUUGCUGUAGAAGCUUGAUGGCUCUCCAGCACAAAUAUCAUAGCAUGAAAACAAAUUCCACCGGUGCCUGCCAGGGUUUGGCCCAUUGAAUGUACCAUGCUACUGUAUCUGAUGAACAGCAUGCUAGCAUGUAUAACUCUAAGGAUUAGUGUUCCUCCCAUAAUUCCAGUCAGUAGAAUACAUGUAGACACUUUAGCUCCGUGUGGAGAAUUAUGUAAGCAUCACAAGACUGGACUUCAUGGACCACACACCUAAGACAAUGUUUGCACUUUUAAAUCUUUCUCUUUCCCAAUCUCCCUAUUUUUAUAUAAGGGUAAUGCAGGUAGAUCUUUUAUAUGUAGGGGGAUAGUUAAGUAGAUCUAGGAGGGGGAGUAGAACAUAAAUGUUGGAAAUGAAUGAAUGUCCUGCCCUAUUGGGGGCCAGGUUGGCAUUGCCACAAUGUGCCUUAAUAUAAAGCCUUGUUAAAUGUGGGCCAUUCUUUGGCAUCUUUUUUUCUGCUAUGCCUUCCUGCUUUUAAAAAGUUCGUUUCUUCUUCCAAGAGAUGCUUUUAGUGGUGUAGCUUUCAUUUCGGAUUUGAGACCGGUGUGGGAGGACGGCAAGGUUUUCCACUGGGUUUACUGUUUGCAGAUCUGAAAUAUUUUAAAAACAUUUUGGAGUUCCAGUACAGACGCGUUAUGAUGGAACAAAGAGCAUUGAUGAAAAUACUUCACUAAAAGGACUCCCAAAUAUAGGUGGUUGGGAACAGGCGUGUGGAGAUGUUAUGCAUGAAUUAAACUCCUUCUCUGGGCUACUUUACCUGGUGUUUGCUUUGAGUAAUGGUAACAGUGGUCUCUGUGAUGGUGACUUUUUCCGUAGAGGGGAGAGGUGACUUGCGCAGAUCUGUGCCAUUGAAGCUCCACUUCCAUCAUUUGUAUUUUUCCUAUCCAUGCAAUGAAAUUGUGGGUUUGAGAACAGAUGCAGAGAUAAGAAGGAAUAGUUUCCAAAGCUGGGAAUUACUUGUUUGUUUUAAGAGAUGGUUGCAUAAAUAGUUUAAGGAGUGCAUCAGUGUACAUUUUCUUUGCAAAAAUUAACUAUUGACAAGGGCAAAUAGAUUUAGUGAUUUCCUCUGCUCCCCCCAAUAAUUUUGUUUUUAAAGAAAUUUUGAAGAAUUGUUUUGAAUUAGUUGCCUCCCAUCUUGUUUCCUGGUGUAUGUGUGCAUAUGUAUAUACUAUAACUUUUUUAUUUAAAAAAACCCUCUGUAAAUAUGCUGGAGUGAAUGCAAUUUAAUCCACUGUGAUUUCCCAUUUUUGUUGAGACUUUGAAUGAUGUCUGUGAUUUUUUUUUAAAAAAGAAUGGUAUUAAACCUGGAUUUUUGUACUGAA